AUGGCCAAAUUGCUUCUCUCAUCCGGCCAGGUGCAAGUCAUCGGAUCUUGCUUCGUCGUUGUAUUCUGCACAUUCGCUCUCUUCAUCAGUGGCUAUAUAAUUCAGCAAAGGACGCUCACCCAGCUCCGCUCGGCAAUCAAACCACGUGCCGAAACUCGCCCAUCACCAAAAGUCUACCUCCCCGAGAAGUUCCAAGUCCGGACAAAGGAGCUCGAAGAUGGCCGUGUGAUCGAUAUAGAUACAGAGGCCGAUAUUGAAGUACGACGACAGCGUCUUUUGGUUGAGGUUAAGGAGACAAAGCCUAAUGCGGAUAUCGAGGGAGACGAGGCGUUGGCGAGAAACCUCGAGAUCAUAAAGCAACUACAGGCCAAGGUAGUGGAUAAGAUGUCGACACCUAAGGGACACGUCGAGGCGCCGGUCCCUAAUCACAAGCCUGUUAGCAAGUCAAAGAGGAGGAAGAUGAUCAAGCAAGAGCUUCAGAAGUCAGCACAAGCUGAGGACGGGCUUUACUAUCAACGCAGGAUGUGGUGA